CAGGUCCAGAAACCCUACCCUACCCCCCCCACCCCACCCCACCCCCCGCACUCCACAAACCCACGCUCCGCCGGCCGCCGCAUCUUCCUGUACCAGUUGCUGCCCCCCGCCCCCGCCCCCACCCCAGGCGAUCCCCCGGCGAGCCCCUCUCCGCUCUCCCCGUCGCGCCGCCUCCGCCUCCGCCCCCGGUCGACGUAGCUGGCCUCAGGUGGAAGCGGCCGCCUCUGUCCCCUAGCCCGACGCCGACGCCGCCGCGGCCGUUCCCCCUCCUCGAGUAAACGGUCGCCGCCGUCUGGAUCCAAGGUUGUUGUGUGAAGUGCCACGUAACCACAUGGCUUCAGUGGUGCAAGAUUUCCAGCCACGGACAUUCUCCAUCAAACUGUGGCCACCGAGUGAAAGCACUCGUCUGAUGCUUGUGGAGAGGAUGACCAAGAACCUGUGCAAUGAGUCAAUCUUUUCUCGCAAGUAUGGCCUUUUGGGCAAAGAAGAGGCUCAUGAGAAUGCUAAAAGGAUUGAAGAGAUGUGCUUUGCUUCUGCAGAUGAGCAUUUCAAGACGGUGCCUGAUGGUGAUGGGAGUUCUGCAGUCCAGCUAUAUGCAAAAGAAACAAGCAAGCUGAUGCUGGAAGUCCUGAAAAAAGGUCCAAGGACGACUGCGGAACCAGAAGCGCCUGUUAUUGAUACACCUAUGGAGCCUGCUGAUACUCUAUUUGAUAUUUCUGGUGGCAAGCGUGCAUUCAUUGAGGCGGACGAAGCAAAGGAACUUCUGAGCCCACUAAUGAAACCAGGAAACUCGUAUAGCAGGAUUUGCUUGAGCAACAGGAGCUUUGGUAUCGGUGCUGCCAAUGUUGCUGGGCCAAUUCUUGAAUCAAUAAGAACUCAGCUCAAGGAGGUUGAUAUCUCAGAUUUUGUUGCCGGAAGGCCUGAGGAUGAAGCCCUUGAUGUGAUGCGGAUAUUCUCCAAAGCUUUAGCAGGGUCUGUACUGAGAUACCUGAACAUCUCUGACAAUGCUUUAGGUGAGAAGGGUGUGAGGGCAUUCACAGAGCUGCUAAAAUCUCAGGGCAACCUGGAAGAACUGUAUGUGAUGAACGAUGGCAUAUCAGGGGAAGCUGCAAAAGCUCUAUCUGAGCUUAUUCCUUCAACUGAGAAGCUUAAGGUUCUUCACUUCCACAACAAUAUGACUGGUGAUGAAGGUGCUAUGUUCAUUGCUGAGAUGGUUAAACGUUCUCCAAAUCUUGAGAGCUUUAGGUGCUCAGCAACACGGAUAGGAUCUGAUGGUGGAGUGGCAUUGGCUGAGGCACUGGGGACAUGUACUCGUCUGAAGAAGCUUGAUAUCAGGGAUAACUUAUUUGGUGUCGAGGCAGGGGUGGCUCUCAGCGAAACCCUUCCAAAGCUUGGUGAUCUUGUUGAGCUGUACCUCAGCGACCUCAAUCUUGAGAACGAGGGCACCAUAGCAAUUGUGAAUGUCCUCAAGGAGUCGGCACCUCAGCUGGAGAUCCUAGAGAUGGCAGGAAACGAGAUAACCGCCGACGCAGCCAAACCUUUGGCAGAAUGCUUGACUGCAAUGCAGUCGCUCAAGAAGCUGACUCUGGCUGAGAAUGAACUGAAGGAUGCUGGGGCGGUGGCGGUUGCGAAAUCUCUGCAAGAGGGCCACCCAGAUUUGAAGGAGCUUGACGUGAGCACAAACCUGUUUCAGAGGUCUGGAGCCCGCUGCUUUGCCCAGGCGGUGGCAAACAAGCCAGGCUUUUUGCUGCUGAACAUGAACGCGAACUACAUCCCUGAGGAAGGCAUUGACGAGGUGAGGAAGAUCCUGAAGGCAGGCGAGAACUCGGCGGACGUGCUUGGCCCGCUGGACGAGAACGAGCCCGAGGGGAACCCUGAUGACGAGGAUGAAGAGGAGGACGAAGAUGACGAGGCAAAGUAUGGGGACGGUAACGGGAAGGAUGCUGGUCUCGGCUCGAAGCUGCAGGACUUGCAGGUGGAGGCGGAGGAGGACUAAAGCCCGCCAGUAUCUUUUGCUCCGGUUUUAGCUUCUUCUGAAAUGUUUUGCCGGAUCGGAUGGAAUUUGGCAUGAAGAGAAGGAACUCCUAGCUGUGGCCGGCUCAACUGAAUUUUGAACCGAAUCAAGCGGCCAGUUUGGUUUAUCUGCAACUUUUCGGAUGGAACUUUUGUUUCGCGUUUUAGCACCGUCUUUGUUCUGUCAAAGUACUAGUCUGGUCAAGGUCAAGCCUGGACCCUUUUAAAAAUUUAAAUCCAUGGGAUAUUGGCACGGCAUGUGUUUGCUGUGAUAUGUUUGGGAACCUA